GAGAGUUUUCAUCAUCUCUCCUCUCCGGCGAGAUAAGUUAAAAAAACAUGGCGAUGCUUCAAGCGAAUCUUGGCUUCAUUACAUCUCCGGCAUUUCUAUGUCCGAAGUUUGCAGUCAAACCGAGCUCAGUUUCUCUGGGCUUUAGCUAUCGCUCCCAAGGCAAUCUCUCUCAUACUCUAUUGUUUCCGAAUGUUGCUUCAGUUCAAAAACUGGAUCUUUCGAGAAGGGUUAGCAGAAGAGAUGCUCAAUCAAUUUCAAUCAGGUGUUCUUCGUCUACUGGAUUUGAUAAUAGCAAUACUGUUGUGAAGGAGAAGAGUGUCUCGGUGAUUCUCUUAGCUGGAGGUCAAGGCAAGCGAAUGAAAAUGAGUAUGCCAAAGCAGUAUAUACCACUUUUGGGUCAGCCAAUUGCUUUGUAUAGCUUUUUCACUUUUUCACGCAUGCCUGAAGUGAAGGAAAUUGUAGUUGUUUGUGAUCCAUUUUUCCGAGACAUUUUUGAAGAAUAUGAAGAAUCUGUUGAUGUUAAUCUUAGAUUUGCUCUUCCUGGGAAAGAAAGACAAGAUUCUGUUUACAGUGGACUUCAGGAAAUUGAUGUGAACUCUGAGCUUGUGUGCAUCCACGACUCUGCCAGACCGUUAGUGAAUACUGAAGAUGUCGAGAAGGUACUUAAAGAUGGUUGUGCGGUUGGAGCAGCCGUACUUGGUGUUCCUGCUAAAGCUACAAUCAAAGAGGUCAACUCUGAAUCGCUUGUGGUGAAAACUCUCGACAGAAAAACCCUUUGGGAAAUGCAGACACCACAGGUGAUCAAACCUGAGCUAUUGAAGAGAGGUUUCGAGCUUGUGAAAAGAGAAGGGCUAGAGGUAACAGAUGAUGUUUCGAUUGUUGAAUACCUCAAGCAUCCAGUUUAUGUCACUCAAGGAUCUUAUACAAACAUCAAGGUUACAACACCUGAUGAUUUACUGCUCGCUGAGAGAAUCUUGAGCGAGGACUCAUCAUGAGGUAUCAUUAGAGGAUUCUUUUUAUGUUUAUUAAUUUUAUGACAGGAAAAUAUUCAUAAACCUUGUAGAGUUCACUCAAUGUUCAUGAAUGAUCACAUAGCUUAAUAUGGUAAAGAAAGACAAGAUUCUUCUAUUUUACGGUUUGGCUCUUCAGUUGUUGUAUCA